AUGGCGAACGGAACCUCAGACGAGGUGAAGAAGAUUGUGUCGACUCUCAAUGCUGGUGAGGUGCCGUCUCAGGAUGUUGUGGAGGUCGUGGUGAGCCCUCCAUUUGUGUUCCUUCCAUUGGUCAAAAAUUUGUUGAGGCCUGAUUUUCAUGUUGCGGCCCAAAAUUGCUGGGUAAAGAAAGGUGGUGCUUUUACUGGUGAGAUUAGUGCUGAGAUGAUUGUCAAUCUAAGCAUUCCUUGGGUCAUUAUCGGCCAUUCUGAAAGGAGGCUUCUGUUAGGUGAAUCAAAUGAGUUUGUUGGAGACAAAGUUGCAUAUGCCCUUGAUCGAGGUUUGAAGGUAAUAGCUUGUGUUGGGGAGACCCUUGAGCAGCGAGAAUCAGGAUCGACUAUGGUUGUUGUUGCUGCACAGACUAAGGCAAUUGCAGAACGAGUACCAGGUUGGUCUAAUGUUGUUUUGGCCUAUGAGCCUGUUUGGGCUAUUGGAACUGGGAAAGUUGCAACUCCUGCUCAAGCUCAGGAAUGCAGCCAUUCUUUAUGCCCUCCAGUGAGAGGGGGACCAGGAAAGAUAGCUGCAUUGGUGGAUCAGGCUGAGCUAUCUAGUCCUAUCAAGGAACGAGUACCAGGUUGGUCUAAUGUUGUUUUGGCCUAUGAGCCUGUUUGGGCUAUUGGAACUGGGAAAGUUGCAACUCCUGCUCAAGCUCAGGAAUCUGCAAGAUCAUGCUGGAAUGGAUGUCACUGCAAUCCCCCUGUGAGAGGGGGACCCGGAAAGAUGGCUUCAUUUGUGGACCAAGCUGAGCUAUCUAGUCUAAUUAAGGUGAGAGGGGGACCAGGAAAGAUAGCUGCAUUGGUGGAUCAGGCUGAGCUAUCUAGUCCUAUCAAGGGUUGGGUACAUUCUGAAUUAAGGAAAUGGCUUCAAGUGAACACCAGCCCUGAAGUUGCUGCUACAAUCAGGAUUAUCUAUGGAGAGACUGCUGGAUAUUCAGUCACCAUAAUGUCUUACAUAGUGUGUGAUCGAGUACAUUCUGAAUUAAGGAAAUGGCUUCAAGUGAACACCAGCCCUGAAGUUGCUGCUACAAUCAGGAUUAUCUAUGGAGGUUCUGUGAGUGGUGCCAACUGCAAGGAAUUGGCUGCACAACCUGAUGUUGAUGGUUUUCUAGUCGGUGGAGCUUCUCUCAAGCCGGAAUUCAUUGACAUUAUCAAGUCUGCUGAGGUGCCAAAAAAUGCCUAAUCUUGGUACCGUUCAUGGGUAGUUGGAAUUUUGGAGUUUUUGCCAGGAGAGUUAUAACUUCCAUUUCAUACAUAAAACUCUUAUCAGGGAUUUAAGUUUGAGUUUGUACUCUUGGCCGGAAUUUAAAUUGGCUUCCAUGUAUGAAUAAAUAUGGCACAUCAUUCUCCUAUGUUUUGCCAUAGACAUAUUUUUCUUAUUUGUAGCUUGAAUGUGUUUUUGUUGGCACUAAUGUUAGCAGUAGUUAUCUGGCUUAUGGUAGCAUUGGCUGCGUUCAAUAGUAUAGGUUUGGUGCACAUUUGCAGAAACACAUCAAACCAUUUGUUUGUUAUCUAAAACUGAGGAAGGUUUUGGCUUGUUUAUUUCCUCUUCAAACUUUUUAUUCGAG